CUGACAGGAAGGACGGGGUCAUGUGACCCGCGGCGCCUCGCGGCACAACAAAGAUGGCGGCUGCGGUGAAGAAGCGGAGCUGCGGAGCUUCUUCUCUGAUUUCUCUGAUUUGUGUGUUGAGUUUGUUCCGCGGAGGAGAAAGCGUGAGCAGAAAGCUGUCGGUAGAGUUGAACCCCGGCUCGACCUCGACGCCUCCCGGUGGCGACCUGCUGCACGUGAGAGCCGUGGGAGACAACGACACGCUCCACUUCCUGUUCUGCAGCCAGGGGGCGCCAACGCUGCUGCUCGUCCACACCAACACGUCUUCUUCUACCGUCCAGGUGAACUGGCCUCAGUUUGUGGCUCGUAACCACAGCGGCAGCCUGAAGGUGGAGCCAGAGAGCAGCGUCCUGGACAGCACCGCCGUCGUCUUCAGCAGGUUGUUGGAGUACGAUGAUGUAAACGACACGGCCGAUCCGACCUCCGACCUUUUCCCUCCGUACGAGCUGCAGGACUUCAGCUGGUCCCGCCUCAACCUGUCGGGUCCGACCGCUCUGCUCUGCGGAGCCGCCGCAACCUUCACCAACGGAUCACUGUGCCUGCAGUUAUCGGUGUUUGAGUCGGAGGGGCGUGGCCAAUCAUGGCCCCGCCUCCUCCACACGGCUAACUCCUCCCAGUUGGAGGUGUGGCUUGACAGCGUGUUGCCACGGGCGACUCGUUCCAGGUUCCUCUUGGAACUGCAGGCGGUGGGCGGGGCUUAUCCUCUGAGCAGAGUGGAGGUUCAUCGAUCGAUUGACGACGAGUUCACGCCGUCAAUAUUCAAGGUGUCUCAGUGGGUUUCGUCAGUGAACGGCAGCUCUGACGUUCUGGGUUUUGUUCAGUGGAAGCCGGUGGCGUACCGUCAGUCUGAGCCGGCUUUGGAGGACGCCACGCCGUGCCGUCACUCCGACCCGCGGCCUCAGAGCGGCGAGGCGACGGCGGCGGCAUCCGGUCUGAUCCGAGCCUUCUACGCAGAACCAGAAACAUUCGGACUGAACGUGAGCUUCGGCCUGGCAGGAGACCCGUUCUACAACAGCACCAAGUUCCUCAGCUGGACGGUGUUGGUGGGCUCCGGCUCUCCUCCCGUCGACUCCUUCUCUCCGCUGGUUAUCACCAUGAUGGCGGUCGGUCUGGGAACUCCCACGAUCCUCCUGCUGCUGGGCGGAGUCUGCAUCUGCGUCCGCAAGAGGGCGGCGGCCUCGACGACGACCUACGAACCAAUCAACUGACGGCUGGGUCGCAGCCAAUGAGACGACAGAGACGGUUUUAAAUUUACUCGGUGAUUGUGUCGACGGACCGGUGACAUCACUGUCCAUCCAGCCAAUCAGGACCCAGGAGACUUUUUACUUUCCUCACUUGUUUGUUUUUAACGGUGACGGAAACGACCUUCAGCUCGUCUGAUAACUGUUCAUUAAUAAUGAUUACAGAGAAAAGGAUCAGAUUUCUUUUUUUAAACCUUAAAUCUGCUGUUUCAGAUUUAUGGUUCACGUUCAGACUCAAACCAUCACCGGGUUCGUGCGUCUCUCCGUUCUGACUGACUUCCUGUCCGCGGCUCUCGGCUCCCAUUGGUUCCCGCUGAAGACGUAAAUCUUUAAAAACACAGCUGCUCUUCGGCUCCGAGGAAGAAGAUCAUCAGUGUUCGAGUCUGAACUUUAAAAAUAUAGAGAAUCUCCUGAUUUAUACUUUUAAACCGCAGACUGUAUUCAGAGACCUGGACCUGGCCCGGGUCGGCCAAUCAGAGCCUCGGUUUUCCAACUGGUCUGUGCUGCGAGAUUCUGUUGAGGCAGCGUGUAACGAACCGAAGAAGACCGUUAAACACGUUCACGCGAGAAAACUCAGCUUGAAGUCGACUCUCAAACAGGAAGUGGAUCUGUGUUUCAGACGAAGUCCUUCAGAUCUGAUUCUCUUCUUAAAGCAGUAAAACCAGCUUUUAUUUUAUUUUUAAAUCUUCAGAUGUUCUUUAUUUGAUUUUUUUUUUGAGUUUGGAAAAUUACUUUAAUAAAAAUUUCAAAUGUC